UGUGCAGUAGAGAGUUGGGGGAGGAGCUUGGGGCCAGCUGCUGUCCGGGUCCUGCCAGCAAUCGGGUCCAAGUCUGUGCUCCUGUCUUAUCGCCCUAUGUACGCCGCCGUACUAUAGAGACCAGUCGUCUAUUUGCCUGGCAGGUGAAGCCGCCCGCGCGAGUGGCCACGGGGAAUGGAAGCUGAGAACGCUGGCAGCUACUCCCUUCAGCCGCCUCCAGGUUUCUAUACCUUUCCGUUUCAACAAAUGAUGGCUGAAGCUCCUAAUGUGGCACUUCCGAGUGAAGAGCACAUGCCAGCAGAAGUUUCAGUGCCAGCUCCUACUCAGGAACCUGUACAAGAGGUGCCCAAAGGAAGGAAAAGAAAAUCCAGAACAACAGAACCAAAAAAACCAGUGGAACCCAAAAAACCUGCUGAGUCAAAAAAAUCUCGCAAGUCCCCCAAAUCAAAAGAUAAGCAGGAAAAAAUUACAGACACGUUUAAAGUGAAAAGAAAAGUGGACCGUUUUAAUGGUGUUUCAGAAGCUGAACUUUUGACCAAGACUCUUCCUGAUAUCUUGACCUUCAAUCUGGACAUUGUCAUUAUCGGCAUAAACCCAGGACUCAUGGCUGCGUACAAAGGGCAUCAUUACCCUGGACCUGGAAAUCAUUUUUGGAAGUGUUUGUUCAUGUCGGGGCUGAGUGAAGUCCAACUGAAUCAUAUGGAUGAUCAUACUUUACCAGGAAAGUAUGGUAUUGGGUUUACCAAUAUGGUGGAAAGGACAACACCGGGCAGCAAAGAUCUUUCUAGUAAAGAAUUUCGUGAAGGAGGACGUAUUCUAGUACAGAAAUUACAGAAAUAUCAGCCACGAAUAGCAGUGUUUAAUGGAAAAUGUAUUUAUGAAAUUUUUAGUAAAGAAGUUUUUGGAGUAAAGGUUAAGAACUUGGAAUUUGGGCUUCAGCCCCAUAAAAUUCCAGACACAGAAACUCUCUGUUACGUUAUGCCAUCAUCCAGUGCAAGGUGUGCUCAGUUUCCUCGAGCCCAGGACAAAGUUCAUUACUACAUUAAGCUGAAGGACUUAAGAGAUCAGUUGAAAGGCAUUGAACGAAAUACAGACGUUCAAGAAGUGCGGUAUACAUUUGACCUACAGCUUGCACAAGAGGAUGCAAAGAAGAUGGCUGUUAAGGAAGAAAAAUAUGAUCCAGGUUACGAAGCAGCAUACGGUGGUGCUUAUAAUGAAAAUCCAUGCGGUGGUGAACACUGCAGCUUCUCUUCAAAUGGGCUAACAGCCGACAGUGUGGAGUUAAGAGACGAAUCAGCAUUCAGUAGCAUUCCAAAUGGGCAGUGGAUGGCCCAGUCCUUUACAGACCAGAUUUCUCCCUUUGAUAAUCACUGUGGAACGCAAGAACAGGAAGAUGGAAACCAUGCUUAAGAAUGCCAUUGCUCGGCUCUGCCUAGGCUGCAGUUUUAAUGCAGUUGUCAAGAAGUAGAACCUCAGUUUGCUAACUGAAGUAUUUUAUUAGUAUUUUACUGUAGUGGUGUAAUUAUAGUACAGAACAGUUGUGUUAGUAUGAACUCUAUGAACCUACGUAGGGUGGAAGAAAAAAAGUAGGGGUUUUGUAUGUGAGUUUUUGUAUUUGAAUUAACCAUCAUUCCAGCUUUUUAUAUACAAUAUUUCAUUUAUGAAGAAAUUCAGAAUUUCUUUCAGGAGUCACUUUUGAUCUGUAAUUUUAAAAUACAACAGCCUGAAUAUUUGUAGUUGAAUCUUAACUGUGCACACACCCAGAUACACCAUUAUCCCUUUUAUGCUUAAGAAGGGCAUGCUAAUAAUGACCACAGGUAAAGGGGCACGUGUGCUGGUUUUCAUAUAUGAAGUUGACCCUUGGUGGAUUCUCAUUUAUUACUUUUUAGUGGUAAUUGAGGAUAAACUCAGAACUCUGUGGGUCAUAUGCGCACUCUGACCUCUGCUUUCCCAUCAUAAGUGUGUGAGGGAUGCUUAGACAUAGAGAAAUGUGGAGUAUGGCCUUGCAGUAGCGAAGCCAACCUGACCUUACUACAGGGUGUUGAGCUCUGGAUUGGGCCUCCUCACUGUUGUGUGUGUGUGUGUGUUAGUCCUGGAAUAGGCAGUAACUGUUCCAGGAUGUUAGGUUCCAGAGAAUACGUAGACCUUUUACAUUUUGGCACUCAUCUGUGUUUUACUUGAGACCCAUGAAUUUGAUAGGGAACUGAAUUCCUCUGUCAAGAUUGAUCACCAUUCAAGUUUUAUCCUCCUUGGCUUUAAGGAUGUGACAUGGGAAGUGAUAAGAAAUGAACUUUAAUGCAGAACAACAAGUUGCUGGAAGUGUUUGAUAAUCUUAUUUAAACUGGUGCUUUUUAUGUACAUGAGAUGUACUACAAUAGAUAAUAUAGAAUUUUUCUUAUUAGAUAAAUCUAGUAAGUCAAUAAUUUAAUUUUUUUUUCUGUUUGUUGUUUGAUACUGUGGACUAAGUGAACCUCAUGGGAAGGUUGGUUUGAAUUAUGUACCUUUGUGAUUUUCUAAUGCAUUUUCCAUGGUGCUGCAAAUAGUCCAGGCUACCAACUAGGCCUGGUAGGUGUUAAAGCCAGGUAUUCAAAAAUGCCUGGAUAUUCAGAAAUGCCACUCGCAUUUACUCCUAAUCACUCUUGAAUAUUCUGAUCUCAUACAUACCCAGGGAGCAUGCUGUUUUUUUAAUAUAAAAUAUUUAUGAGGUUUUUACUCCCCAGAAGGUUAUAUGGGUUAUUCUUCUCUUAAUAAUAAGAGAAGCAAAUUGUUGUUGUGAAUCUGAACAUGCUUUUUAGCAGUAGCUAUGAUGGAUUUUAUUGACCUAGGUCAAGCUGUGUAAAAGUCACGUAUGUUAUUUAAAAGAUGUACUGUACUGCUGUUUACAUGGACCUUUUGUGCGGGUGCUUUGAAGUGCCUUGCAUCAGGGAAUAGGAACAAUUGAAUUAUUUUUCCAUGGGACUGUGUAAAGCAUGUAACUAGGUAUUGCGUUGGUGUAUAACUAUCGUAGAUUUACACAGAAUUUUUUAUUUGAGUGGGGAAAGUAAGUAGUCUUUAAAUUAUGGCAGACACUGACUAGAGAAUGGGAUUGAGGAUUUUCCAAGCAUACGAGAAUGGUGUUUUUCAUUAAACAUAACAGCUGAGUAGUAAAUGUUGCUAUAUCCU